AUGCCUUCUAUCAAAAAGACCAUCGGCGUGGUGGUGGCCGGGUUGGCUGCCGUGUCGUCGGCGCUACCAGCGCAUCCCAAGCUGAGCAAGGCUCAGUUGAAGAUGUAUGAGCACGCAAAACGCCAGAACGCUGCUGCCGCCGCCCUGGGUCUGACUGAUGUCGAUAUCCUGCAAUUCGCCCUCACCCUUGAAUGGCUCGAAGCGACCUUCUACCAGCAAGGAUUUGCCAAGUUCCCAGCAACAGACUUUCAGGCGCUAGGCCUCAGCCAGCAGGAGAUCAACGACCUCCUCCAAGUCGGCGAAACAGAACAAGAGCACGUCAUUCUCCUGCAGAGCGCCAUCGCCCAGGCUGGUGUGCAGCCGGUCCAGCAAUGCACGUACAACUUCGGCUUCACCGAUGCCGCCGGCAUGGUCGCGACUGCCGCGGUGCUCGAAAAUGUGGGCGUGUCGGCCUACCUCGGUGCCGCCGCCCUCGUCUCGGACGGCUCCAUCCUCACCACCGCCGGUUCCAUCCUGACCGUCGAGGCUCGACACCAGACCUUCGUCCGCGCCGCCACCCGCGCUCUCGCCGUCCCGCAGGCCUUCGACACGCCGCUCUCGCCCAAGCAGGUCUUCUCGCUCGCCGCGCCCUUCAUCCAGAGCUGCCCGCAGGGCAGCAACCUGAUCCUGACGCCCUUCCCGACGCUGACGAUGGCGGCCGGGCAGAGCGCGCAGGCGGUGGCCGCCGGCGCGACGGUCCAGCUGCAGAGCAGCGCCGCGUCGGCCGCGAGCCACUGCGCCUUCACGACGGGCGGAAUCCCCGGCGGCACCGUCUUCACCCCGUUCGACCAGACCGCCGGCUGCCAGGUGCCCCAGGGCUUGGCCGGCAUCACCUACGUCAACCUGGCCAGCGCCGGCCCGCUGACGGGCAAGCUCACCGACGACAUCAUCGUGGCUGGACCCAUGGUGAUGCAGGUCUCUUAA